CGAAAAGUGAGGAAGACGUGCAAGUAGUACAGGUACGCAAGUAUACUGGGUAUAUUCGUAYGAUGUAAUAAUAUGUACAAAAGAUAUGAUGGAUAUGAAUUACGAAUUGUAGAACAGUGUAUUACGUACGUACUUGUACAAGGUAUUAUUACCGUAGUUUCCCCUUUCGUUUCCUUCGAAAAAAGUACUAACUUUAAAUAGUUCUUCCAAUCUGCACGAGCAGUACGUAACAGUACGUAUGUACUAACAGGAACGUAAGAGUCCCGGGUCCCGGGCGUCAUCCAUUGAUUUGUUUUCGGUGGUGUCAUGCAUCCUUAAUAAUUCUGUAUCUGUCAUUGUCUGCUUUCGAUCUUCCAAUAUUGCAAUUGAAGUUGAAAAACAAUCCAAGACGCAUUUGCUGUUCACAUCGCAUCGUGCAAAUUUUUCUCCUUGAAGUGUGAAGAGCUCGUACGCAACCCAACCAAACCACCCAUGGUUACGAGCAAAGAAAUAUCACCGAAGGAAACCCACAACGAUGGUGCYGUCGACCAUUCUUACGAAUCGGCGGUAAGAGCGCUGCUCACACCUGGGAUGCACCAAGCAACCACGAAGGAGGACAUCGCCCGAUCGGCUCUCCGCCGGACCAAGACCGUUUCGGACAUGCGGUAUUACUGGGAAAAGAUCUUGCGACACACGGGAAAUGUUGAUACGGCCUCUGCACACACGAAAAAAAGUCCCGUGCGAUUGAUCCACAUCACGGGCACCAAGGGAAAGGGAUCCACUGCCUGCAUGUGCGAGGCAAUUCUGCGCGCCCACGGGUACUCGACCGGUCUCUUUACGAGCCCCCACCUGAUGGACAUCCGGGAACGGAUCAGAUGGAACGGCAAGCCCGUCCACCCUACCGUGUUCGCGGAURCCUACUGGACCGUCCGCACCGCGCUAGAGACAGACGCUCCGAAUCCCAYAACCACCGGUUCUGGAUCCCAACAAGACGGCAAUCGCCUUCCGCAGCCAACCACAGACGACCCGCCCCCCUUGCUYCCCGGUUAUUUUCGGAUGCUAACGCUAAUGGGCCUCUAUWCGUUUUUGCACCAGCUGCCCGGUGUGGACGUCGUCGUCCUGGAGGUAGGGAUGGGGGGUCGCUACGAUGCGACAAAUUUUAUCGACACCGGCUGCUUUCGAUCCGUGGCGCACGGCGUCACCCUCCUGGACCUGGACCACACCCGGAUUCUCGGCAACACGCURGAAGCAAUCGCCUGGGAAAAGGGMGGGAUCGYGUCCGCAAACAAACUCAAUCCAUCGGGAACGUCCCCGAGGCCUCUCACCGGCAGCGCCWCRGAGACCGCCGCKCCAGCCCCCAAAACGAGCAGCGAAAGCGAUAGCGGCGAGACCCAGGCCACCCCRAACUCCCUCUGGGUUCUCGACAGCAACRCRCAGGGCGUGRUCGACGUGAUGCGCCRCUGUGCCGGCGUGGAGGGAAUGGGCGGAACCCUUGCCUUGGUGGACGCCACCGGGACCGAUCUCCGUGCGGCGAUGCGAGCGCAGCRGCAGCAAGGGCGGCCCGGACCGUCGCUGGGCCUCGCGGGCGACCACCAGUACGGCAACGCCACGCUGGCGGUGGCCCUGUGCCGGGCCGCCACCAAAGAGAACGACGACGCGUCGCCACCGGGCAUCCUCCAAGCCGGGUCUCCCACCACCCUCUCGGCCCUCGCGGGGGCCGCCUGGCCCGGGCGGUGCCAGAGGCUCUCGUGGAAGGAGCCCGGCAGCAGCAGUAGCAGCGGCAGCGUGGAAUUCUACAUGGACGGGGCCCACACGCCCCAGUCCCUGGGGUUCACGGUCGCUUGGUUCCGGUCGAUCACCGAAACCGAUAGGGACCCGGCCGUCCUGGUCUUCAACUGCAGCCACGAGCGGAACCCUGUCGAGCUGAUGGAGCUGCUGCUGCUUCCGCCCGACCGCGGCAAGGGCGCCGCCCGCCCCCGCUCGUACUCCAGGGUGUAUUUCGCCAGGAGCGACUCGUCCCGGCCGUCCCCCGUGGCCAGGGCCUCCGCUUCCUCCCUCCUGGGGGAGCGUGGGAUCGUCGUUCGRGAGGACCUUUCGGUCUCGGUGGUGGGGAGGAACCCCACRGCACCGGAGACGUGGCAGGAAACCCUCGCCGUGGURUGGAAGCACCUGGUGGCGGCAAGCRGGGAGGCCCCMGGCMCSGUCGUUUGCAACCAGACCGCCCGCGAGGUCUGGGACGAGAUCCGGGAGGAAGGAGGUGGUGCAGCUUGCUCGCCUYYGUCCGGCGAACCCAGAGCGACGCGSGUCUUUGUCACGGGGUCGCUGUACCUGGUGGGAUCCUUCCURACGGCCCUCGGGUGGGAAGAAGARUCGUCKCCGCCCCUGSAAGGARCCAAAKGAAYGGUUCGAACGAUGGGACCGGCGAUUGGGCCAUGCACGACGCAACAAUAAAAAWYAGAGCACRUGGUUUUCAAAUAGAGAUUGAACACCACC